UUUCUCUCUACCCUCUCAGAAGUGGAAAAAAAGAAAAAGGAAUUGAAAUAGAAUCAUAGAAAUCGAGUGCACACUGAGAAAAGAAAACAGCACAACCCAGAAAGGGGCUCUAGUAGUUAGUUAGGGUAUAACAACGAUGACGGAGGAAACUCACCCUAUGGACAUCGAUGGCGCCGCCCAAACCAACUCUUUCUCCGCAAACCCCGACAAGGGCAAAACUGUCAUUCUCGCCGGCAACCCUUCCCACGGCGGCAAGGCCUCUCUCUGGGUCGAAAAAUACCGUCCUCAGUCCCUCGAUGACGUCGCAGCUCACCGCGACAUUGUCGACACCAUUGAUAAAUUGACCACUGAGAAUAGAUUGCCCCAUCUUCUGUUGUAUGGUCCUCCUGGAACCGGCAAAACAUCGACUAUUCUCGCCGUUGCGAGAAAACUAUACGGUCCGCAGUACCAUAAUAUGAUUUUGGAGCUCAAUGCUUCGGAUGAUAGAGGAAUUGAUGUUGUUAGACAGCAGAUUCAAGAUUUUGCUAGCACCCAGAGCUUAUCAUUUGGUGUCAAGCCGUCUGUAAAACUGGUCUUGUUAGAUGAAGCAGAUGCCAUGACUAAGGAUGCUCAAUUUGCAUUACGUAGAGUUAUUGAGAAAUAUACCAAGAGCACUAGGUUUGCACUUAUCUGUAAUCAUGUAAACAAGAUUAUCCCUGCAUUGCAAUCUAGAUGCACUCGGUUUCGGUUUGCCCCUCUUGAUGCCGUGCAUGUCACUGAAAGACUGAAACAUGUUAUUAAUGCUGAAAGGCUUGAUGUUCAAGACAGUGGCUUGUCUGCUCUUGUUCGACUUAGUAAUGGUGAUAUGAGAAAGGCGUUGAAUAUUCUUCAGUCAACACACAUGGCCUCUCAGCAGAUAACAGAAGAAGCUGUUUACCUUUGCACUGGAAAUCCCUUGCCCAAAGACAUUGAGCAAAUAUCUUACUGGCUUCUAAAUGAACAAUAUUCAGAGAGCUUUAAAAGAAUUAAUGAUAUGAAAACAAGGAAAGGACUGGCCCUUGUUGAUAUUGUAAGAGAAGUGACAAUGUUUGUAUUUAAGAUUAAGAUGCCUCCAGCUGUUCGAGUGCAAUUGGUGAAUGAUUUGGCUGACAUAGAGUACAGAUUAAGUUUUGGGUGCAACGAUAAGCUUCAGCUUGGAUCAGUUGUUGCUUCAUUUACACGUGCUAGAUCUGCACUGGUUGCAGCAGCUGCUUAACCUUCACAUCAAUAUGAUGAUGCACUGGUGUACUAUAUUUCCAAAUUAAAAGUAGAUAUAUUCCUAAUUUAUGUGCACCAAGAUAUUUCCUUUGUACAUCGUACGCAUCAGGAUGGUGUGCUGUAGUAUUGGUGUAUCGUUUGGCACUGGCGAAUGCUCUGAUAGUGCAUGUACUAUUUGUUAACUUUUGGAGAUCUAAUUAUAUUUUAUAAAAUCCAA